AUGUACGACCAACAAGACAUUGCCGCGAAAGAACACCCAGCCGUGGAGCCUCGCGACUUGCAUCAGACAGCCUCUCUCGGGGAUGACGAAAAUGGCGCGACCCAUCUCAGUGCGAAGCAGAAUCAACGACUGUUGCUGAAGACCGACUUGGUGGUCACGCCGCUCAUUGUUCUGUCCAUGACUUUGGCGUUUCUUGACAAGAACGGGCUUGCGUAUGCCGCCGUUUACGGUCUGCGAGAAGACAAUCACCUUGUCGGCCAGGACUACAGCUGGGUCAGCAGUGUGUUCUACUUUGGCUAUCUCGCCAUGGAGUUCCCCAACCUAUGGCUGAUCACCAGAUUGCCCAUUGGGAAAUACAUCGGUGGUUGCCUCUGCCUUUGGGGCAUCGCCCUCUGUCUCAUGGCAGUAUGCCACAACUUCGGAGGACUGGCUACCAUCAGGUUCUUCCUCGGCGUGUUUGAAGCCGCGCUACUGCCCUGUAUGUUGAUUGUCAAUUCCAUGUGGUAUUGCCGGGCGGAACAACCGAUCCGCACGGCGUUCUGGUACAACACCUUCGCGGGCUAUAUUUUCCUGAUUUACGGAUCAAUCACCAUCGGGGCCGGAAUCCUGGUUUUCUUCGCCCUGCCCGACUCGCCCAAAAAGGCUUGGUUUUUCAAUGCCGAAGAGAGGAAGUUGGUGGUGGUCAGGCUGGCUGAAAACCAAACUGGCGUCGAAUCACGCAAGAAAUUCCGCACCGCCCACAUCAUCGAGGCGCUGAAAGAUCCCAAAUACUGGCUGAUUAUUGCUUGCUCAUUCGGUUACGCCAUCACCAACGCCGGCAUCACCAACUUCAACCCUCUGAUCAUCUCGGGCUACGGCUUCAGCAAGUCCAAGACGGUCCUGAUGGCAACGCCGCAAGCCGCCGUGGCCAUGGUCAGCCAAGCCAUUCUGACCGCCAUAACUUUUUUCAUCCCCAACCUCCGAUGUGUCUGCUGGAUCAUUUCUUCUCUGAUCGGCCUCGCUGGUGCUGUCAUGGUCCACGUGCUCGACGUCGAGACGCAACGAGAUGCAUCACUCGCCGGAGUCUACAUCAUGGGCUUUUACAAUGUCCCUUGGGUCUUCAUGUUGAGUCUGCAGUCUUCCAACACCGGAGGUGCAACCAAGAAGAGUUUCAUCGGCAUCUCGGUGGCAAUCAUAUAUGCCGUCGGCAAUAUUGUCGGUCCACAAUUCUAUCUGUCAAGCCAGUCCCCUCACUAUCCUCUUGGGAUUGGAUCGUUGAUGUUCGGUUUCGCCUUGAUGGCCUUCAGCGGCAUCUUCUAUCUUGUCGCUUGUCUCGUGGAGAACAAGCGGAGAGAUCAUCGUUACGGGCCCGUUUUAGAUAACGUCGCUCGUGGUAUGGAGGCCGACCUGCGUGACGAAACGGAUGGGCAGAACCACAACUUUCGGUAUACGUUCUGA